GAUGACGCAUUGGUCCAUAGCCGAUAUGUAUAUUUAUGCAGAGUUGAUAGCAUACCAACCCAACAAAACCAGAUCCCACUAACUCACCACAGAUCCAUCUUCAGGGAGCAGGACAUGGCGGGAGCAGGGCAUGAGCUGAAGCUGGUCGGCAUGUGGGCGAGCCCGUUCGUGACCAGGGUGAAGCUCGCGCUCCACCUCAAAGGCCUAAGCUACGACUACGUCGAGGAGGACCUCAGCAGCAAGAGCGAGCUCCUGCUGAGCUCCAACCCCGUGCACAAGACGGUGCCCGUCCUCAUCCACGACGGCAGGCCCGUCUGCGAGUCGUACAUCAUCGUGCAGUACAUCGACGAGGCCUUCGUCGCCGCCGGCGACGGCAGCCCGCCACUCCUCCCCGCCGACCCUUACGAGCGCGCGACGGCGCUCUUCUGGGCGGCCUACAUCGACGACAAAGUGCUCAAGCCGUGGCGGCGGGUGUUCAGCGCCAGGACGGGCGAGGAGAGGGCCGAGUGGAUGGAGCAGGCAGUGGCGGCGGUGGGCGCUCUGGAGGGUGUGCUUGCAGGGCGUAAGGAGGGCGGCUUCUUCGGCGGCGACAGCGUGGGGUACGUCGACGUGCUGCUGGGGGGCAUCGUCCCGUGGGUGCACGCGACCGCGGCCAUCUCCGGCGACGAGCUCUUCGACGCCGCCAGGACCCCGCUCCUGGCGGCCUGGAUGGAGCGGUUCGGCGAGCUCGACGCCGCCAAGGCGGUCUUUCAGGAUGUCGACAAGGUGGUCGACUAUGCCAAGAUGAUAAUGGCACUCUUUGCGGCCGGGUCUGCAGCUACAUAAUUAGCAAGUGGAGGAUCAAGCACGGCGGCGUGGCUACAGAAUAAACGAGGAACAGCCACGUGCCCACGUACACGAGAUUA